AUGGAAUCCCAGCUAGACUCUCCCACAACACGGACGGCUCCAGGUAAGUCACUCUAGUCACAACUGAUUUGGGGUCCCUAUUAACAUCCGUACAGGAGCUCGGCCUCAGGGUGAACAAAGGGGGUCACAAAAACAGUUCAUAGGGCUCUCAAAACUGGAUGCUAAGGAGGAAUCAUUUCGAUAUCUCGAUUUCGCCGAAGGUGGCACAAACGCCGCGCUCAACAAAUGGGGCCAAUUUUUGCAGUUAAGCAGGUUAGUUGUGGGGAGCAAUGACCCUAACAGCUGGAAUUAUAUCUCACUGGAGCCGCGUAAUAUAUUCCGGCUCGAGCAUAUCGCACAAGAGCAGGCACCUUACGAUCACGGACAGCAGGAAGAGGAGGAGGAGGAGGAUUUAGAACGUGGGAGGAGAGUGCUGGGCUGGGAGCGCGAUAACCCUGAGUGGAAUCCCAGUAUAUACUACUGCAACGAAUACCCUGCGUAUCUAGGAAGACACGAUGAAUUCAAUGCACUUUGCAUAGGGAAUCAGGGAUUCGGCCUAAGAUUCUCAAAUGAUACCAAGAUCUCGGAUCCUGAACACUACUAUAGGAACGACAGAUGGCCGGAGGUACACUACACCGUGGAGGAAAAGGUCAAGGUCGUCCUACAUUAUUACAUCCGGGAUGGCGAGAUCAUUCAGGAUAUGUCUUUGACUUCAGAAUCUGGCGAGGUAACCGAGCUCAAUCUGGAAUUUGAGUUUACCACUGGAAUCCGGAUAGCUCCUGAGAACAUGAGCCGGCUAGAGAGCGGGGAGGAGGAUUCUCUUGACCGUUUUGUGCACAGAGUGCUAGAAGGAGAAGCUCCGGGGCCCCACUGGAUGAUCAGGCGCGGUAAUUAUUAUGCGACAGCAAGAUUAUUCAAAGAUGGUGAACCGAAGCCGUUUAGUCUCCUCGGGGGCGGCGAACAGGGGAACACUGCCGGAUGUCCCAUUGGCAUUCUUUCGCAUGAUCCAAUAAGACACGGCGAGACUUUGGUAUUGAAAUCGAAGGCAAGCGUAAAAUUUACCUCCGUAUUCAAAUUAGAUCACAGAAGAAUUCCUAAUACCCCACCUCAAUAUUUCGAUAUAUCUCCUCAUUUAGAAUUAUUCGAUGGCCGGUGGUGGAGUUUCAAGACUGAAUCUUCGUCGUUUAUUUUCAGACGAAAUCUUGAGACUAUACUCUCACAUGCAAUGCCACUACCGCCGAUAGAAGGCGAACACUAUCAGCCUUAUGUUCUGCACGAUCACGACCUGAUUAAUAGGUUACAGACAUGGAGUAGUUCGCUGUAAGCUGUCUAAUGCACCGUCUGAUUAAUUUGUUUGCAAAGGCUAAUCAGGAUCCAGAAACCAGACUCUUUACCUCCUCGAAAUUGAUAAGAUACUGCAACACCCGGGUACAGCAGACGAUAAAACGAAGUCGCAUUACCGAAAGAGGAUUCGGGAGGUAAUUUUUGGGUACUUUGUUUGGCUACUACGACAUGCCGAACGAAACGGGUUUUCGGAGACUGAUAUCUUACAUUGGUCUGGGAAGCGUGUGCUACCCACAAAAGAGUAUGAGACUGGGGAGGGCAAAGGGGAGGCAAAGAAGGAGAAAGGGAAGGGAGCCCUGAAGGGGUUCGCGAAAGGAUCCCAGGAAGCUGAAGCUGAGGGACCCUCAAUGCCAGCCAAACCAAGUACAUCGAACCUCGAGGAGCCCGUCAGUCCUCUUAAUGCGCGGCCAUCCGAACCCGAGUUGUCUAAAUACGAAGACAAGUUCCGGAAUUGCUGCCAAUUCCUUGUUUUGUUGGGUAUGUGCUUUACAAACUAUCCGGAUGAAGUGCCUCUGUUCACUCGAAUGGUGAACGCUUUCCUAAAGCUAGCGUGGGAGCCAAUUGAGAUGAGCAGGCAUCCAUGGUCUCAGCUAUGGCCAGAUCACUUAGAGAGCUCGGGGGAAUCCCCACCGCCGUAUGCCCGAUUCCUAAACUGGACGAAUCGGGAAGGUUAUAGAUAUCGUGGACAGGGAAUCUAUGUCUAUGUUAUCACGACGCAAGUGCUCGUGUGGCGAGCAAUUAAGUCUACGAAAACGCUACUUAAAUUAGUUUCAAACGACCGGAGUUGGGGUGACUGGAUGGCUCGCCAAAGUUUAGACGACAAGGAAAUCAGAGAUCGGACAAUAGAGGCUUUCCGCCCCCCCGGCAUUGACAUGAGCCGAGACUGUUUUCCAGACCGCUUUUUUUCAAAAAUCAAAGGACAUGUUAGGGAAUCCUUUCUGGACCAAUGGAGUUGCUAUAUCACAAUUCCCUCAUUUGUAGAAGAUUUCUUCUUCGACCACAGGAAUGAGCCAUUGUACGCUUGGGCAGAGACACUCAGAUACUACGAUGAAUUCAGCGACUCUAUUAAGGCACAAACACCAAACACCUGGGAUUACUUUAUGCGUUACCAGCUUACGAUUGACAGAGAUCGUCGUCAGGAGUUGCGGGAGGGUUUGGAGGCGAGAGCUUAUUCAGUCGGGCUUUUUUCUAAUGACGCAGUUACCCUCGAUUCCCAUUGUCCUUACACCACAUCUUGGGCAAUAGUUACAUACCUUCUCAGUGCGGAUCAUACUGAAUUACUAUAUCCUCAGUUCAGAAUUCCAAUGUAAGAUAGCCCUCUAGUCCUAGUGAUAAAUAAUUCCGGGAGUUUUAACCACGAACUGACUUAAUGCGUCCGAUUAAAAGGGUUAACCCUACCCGUGCCUACCGGGCCCGGGGAUCUAUCCUACAGGAAGGCCCAAUGAGCGCCGGUAUUGGUCCUGGCAGAAGCCUCGUUGCGGGUGUUCGUCGGGAUAGAAGAAAGUCGGGAAAGAAGGGGAAAAGCUUCGACAUCACUGCUGAGGAUCGUAGUCAAGUGAACGACCCACCUUGUAAGCGGCUCUCAAUUGUUCCAAAGAUGUUAUGUUCGUUCUGACCGGGAUAGCGUAUGGCGAGUGGUACUGGUUCAGAGAGCCUCUCUUCAUGGGGCACAAGUUUGAGUCGUUUGAAAUGAAUGGGGGAUUCAUAGAAAGCUUUUUGAGACCGGAGAUCAAGUGGAGUUAUUUUUGGGAAACUAGUCAGGGAAAAACCAACUUUAUGGAAAAUAUGGCAGAUUUGACGGAUUAUGACUGGGGCAGUCAGAGAAACACCCUGAUUCAGCCAUUUAGAAGCAAAAAGCCCAUUUCGUUUUCGGGUCGUAAGGCAUUGCUGAAGUUGCAGAAACAGGUAUGAGAAACAAUCUCCCUGCGGUAAUGAUGUCCAAUUAUUGACAGUUUUGGAACAGAGGGAUCACCGGGAGGAUAAAAAAAGGAUAUUGUUUGUAUCCAUCUAUCUACCCUCGCAUACCUUAAGUGCAAACAGGAGCUUCGGCUGACAGUGUGAGGUAGAGUCAUGAAGGACUGCAUGAUCCAGCAUCUAAUCGCCCUAAUGGUCAGUGUAGAUUUUCAAGAAGCCGGCCAUAUAGGUGAAUUUAUCUCCCGGAUACGCCUCAUGGACCCUCACGAGAUGAGAUUUUCAGAACAGGUAUGUCAAUUGGCCUGCUCUCUCCACAAAUUUCCACCACACUGCCUCACAUCUUUGAAGACAAUCAUGCCAGAUAAUCUCUGGAUUACAGAAUUCAACAUCAAUUUCAUCACAGCACCACCCCCCCUGGCUGAUGUGGAAUCGCCCCACCCGUCAAACUACUUUGCCAAGAAACGUGCAAAGUUCCAGAGUAUCAACGACCCUGUUUCAAACUUGAUGAUGGCCGAGGCUGGCAUGGGGUUCCGCAUUAUCGGCGACCUACACGACCGGUACUGGACGUGCUAUGUGUUUUACGAUUUCGGAAGCAAAGAACUCACUUCGAAAGCUGGUAAUAAAGUACUUCUGAGCGACUAUGGUUCCUCUUCUAGUCAAAGAAAGUGUCUUGAGGGGUUUCUUGUUCUACAGGCUCUCGAUCUGGUCUUAAUGGAGACCAAGGCUGUCCUCCAGACUAUCACUAAAUCUAUGGGGGGUAACAAGGUAGGUUUAUUGAUAGGAGAAAGCCUAACGGUGCUGUGAAUACGCUGAUUGGGUGCUUGUUCAAAGGAAUCAUCGCAAACACUCUUUAAUCCACUACUCACGGAAGAUGACCUCAGUGGGGAGAACUAUUUCAAAGCCAUGAACAAGAAUAGUGUAUUCUAUCCCUGGCUACUUGAGGUUUACGGGGUUCUACGGGAUAAGUGUAACGAGAGCAGUAACGCUGCGGAUCAAUGGAUAUCGGCGGAAAAGACACGCAAGUACAAGCCUCGGUGGUCGGAGAAGGACCAGCAGAGCUUCGGGGGAGAUGUUGCGAAUAACCGAAUGGAGGUGAAGGCCUCCUGCACCAAGCUGGAGAAGAUGGCCAAGAACUUGCAGGAACGGAUAGACAGGAUUAAGACCCUAAAGGAAUCCGUAAGCAUUCCACCAUGUCUUUACGGUGUUGUGCGAGAAGACGUGUGCUGAUGAGGAGAUUAGCUGUCUAGUGAGUUAGCGCUCCGAGAAGCGAGAACUUCGACACAACUCGCAUAUACGGUGAAUAUUUUUGCCGUCGUUACAACAAUUUACUUGCCCUUAACAUUCUCUGCCGUACGUCUUUGCCCUUCCCCUAAGCUAACGGCUGGCGUACUGAUUUCGUAUCUAUAGACUAUUGUCGCCAUACAAGACUUCCAGAAGCCAUCUCCCACAAAAGCUCUGAUCAGAAUCACCCUCGGCGUCGCCUUCGGCACCUUAAUCCUCCUGAUGAAUAUCUCCUUGCUCCGCCGUAGCCUUGCGGCCCUUAAAACCUGGGCCAAAUGCUUAGUGCGCCGGGGAAUGGAAAGAGCCCCUGACUCCGAAGGUGGUCCCACGGAACCUAGCCACCGGAAAAAGCGCCCGGCCUGGUCAUACUGGAAUGAGCGCGCCCACAACCUCCGCGAAGCGGAAAAGCGCACGGCGCAAACGAUCAAUGCCACUCCUGGCAGUGAGAGCGCCUGGUGGUACAUAUACUUUAUGGCCAUAUUCAUUGCCAUCGUGUUUCCCGUGCAAGAGCUAACCUUCACGAUCCUCACGCUCCGCCUGGGGCGGGUCGAGAAUUCUGGUCCCUUGAAGAAGUUAGUGAGGGUCCCUUGGGCCCCCAUCUGGAUUCUGGAACUGUCGCUUGUGUACGUGGCUAUGCUUGCUGGGCAUACCAUCCACUCAUUAGCGGGAUUGGUACGUCGCGCAGCGGUCUGGUUGUGGACCGGAAAGUACAUCGCCGGGAGUAAGAAGGCAACCCCGAAGUCUAAGUCGGGUACUGCGCAGAAAGAUGGAUGGCUGGUUCGCUGGCUGGGGAGACCAGCGAGGACUAUGCAGCUCCUGAUCGUUGCAGAGGCACUCCGGUCUAGGGAUAAAGAAAAUAAGGCGUUUGAUGAGGAAAACCAGGGGGCUGCUGCGGGGACCCCUACCUCUACUCUCCCGUAA